UCUUGCCCAUCCCGGGCCAGUCGUUCCAAUUACUUCAGCUCCUGUAUACCAGCUUUGCUUGCUGCGGUAGUGCGAAUGCCUCACCGGGCCACGGAAGGUCCUUGUCGACUAGCAAGACUAGGCAAGGCUGGAUUCUCAUCGUUCUUUAUCCGUUGUUUCUGCGGUGAUUGAUCUGAAACGCAUCAAAAUUCGACAAGGUUGCGGCUACCGCCCAAAGAUGACAUUCGGAUGUGAGAAAUUCCCGCAGGAAUCCUAUAUAAGGCUGCCUUCUUUCCCAGUGAUGAUGCCAGGGCGACCCUAGAAGCUCUGCUGCUUGCCGAUGUGGCCAUUCUCGUCGUACCCGGAACGCUCCAUGCAAGAGCUCGAGGACGUCUACGACUAUGUCAUAGUUGGAGGCGGCACUGCUGGAUGCGUGCUCGCUAGCAGGCUCAGCGAAGACGAAUCUGCGACAGUGCUGCUGGUGGAGCGCGGAGGCGUGCAGAACUCUUGGAUCGCACGGGUACCAUUGCUUUCCUCUCAUUUCGCAUCAGAUGGCUCGCGCUCUCGUGUUUGGAAGUCCAUUCCGCAGGAACGCGUCAACGGGCGCGCGUUCGAGUUGGCUGGAGGUAACUCGUUGGGUGGCUCAUCCAAGAUCAACGCCAUGCUGUACACGCGCGGCCUUCCCGCGGAGUACAAUUCGUGGAGCCAGGCGGGGCAUAAAGGGUGGAGCUACGAUGAGAUUCAGCCGUACUUCGUCAAGUCUGAGACGGAUCUCGAUCAGAACCCAGAAAGUGCCGACGCGUUUCAUGGCGUAUCUGGCCCGUGGCAAAACAGAUCGUACAAGCAAAAUGUUUGGGGUCAUACUACUCCAAUCAUCGAAGGCGCGAAGGCAUUAGGAGUUCCAUACGUAGACGAUCUCAACUCCCCUCUCCAUCCCUCACACGGCUGCGCGAAGAUGCACUUCAAUAUUGACCAGCGUGGCUACCGCAGUUCCACCCUCACGGCAUUCCUGCCCCAGUCGGUUGCAUCACAGCGUGCGCAGCGCUUGCACAUCUGCACACGCACCUCCGUGCUUCGCAUUGACGUGCAGAAGGGCGAGAAGGAUAUUCCAAAGGCAAAGGGUGUCCAUAUCCAGGCUCUUGAUGGGCGCUCGUCAUCAAGGUUCAUUGGGGCGCGAAGGGAAGUCAUCUUGUCGGCCGGUCCUGUAGUAUCCCCUCAGAUCCUGAUGCUCAGAGAAGCUACUGUCUCUGAUAUUCUCGAGGACGCCUUCAGUGGGAUUGGCCCGCAAGAACAUUUAGAGAAGCAUGGCAUUCCGGUCAUGAAGCAUCUGGCUGGGGUAGGAUCUCACCUGCAAGACCAUCUGGGCGUCCCUGUGCAGUAUCGGGUGCCAUUACGCGACUCUGUGGUGCAACUGCAAGUUCGACCUUGGCUAAUCAUCAAGGAACUCUUCUUAUACCUUUUCUUUGGGCUUGGAAUCCUGCUCGCUCCGGUGCUGGAGCUAUCCAUUUUCCUCCAGUCGCGGCUCUUCGAUGCAGACUUUCGUACGAUCACACCUUCCAAGGCAGACGAGGAUGCCUCGUUGCCCAUGAAUAUACCCGAUAUUGAAGUCAUGCCCAUCGCUUGGAGCGACAUAGCGGCAUCAAAAGUCAAAGGCGAUGGCGGCGUCGGAUUCCUCGUGAUACCGCUGAGACCAACCUCGAAAGGAACGAUUCGAUUGGCUUCGAGCGACCCUCGCGAUGAUCCCGUUGUUGAUUUGAACUAUCUUGCCACCGACUACGACUGGACGAUCAUGCGCCAGGGUAUCCGUUUCACAAUGCGCCUCAAGGAGCAAAUUGCUGCUAGAGGCUACCCAAUCCGUGACUAUCUCGUGCCGCCGAGCGAAUUCGACUCCGACGUCAACGAAUUCAUUCGCCGCUAUGCGCAGACGUCGUAUCAUUAUUCGUCUACGUGUAGGAUGGCGCCGGAAGACGGCGGAGUUCAUGCAGGCGGGGUGGUCGAUGACAGGCUGCAAGUGCAUGACGUGCGGGGACUGCGGAUUGCUGACUCUAGCGUGUUUCCACAUAUCUUGAGCACUCAUCUUGCUGCAGCUACUGUCGCGGUCGCCGAGAAGUGCGCUGAUAUGAUAAAGGAAGAACAUGUCAGCAGGGUCUGCUAGAACCCGUUCAUGCUGUGUGAUCCCUGGUGGAACAGCGACGUCGUGUUUUGGUCAUUUUCAUGCAAUCGUUUCCGUGCCGGCGUCCAUUCGUGGCGAAGGCGUACCAAACAACGAGACGUUCACUUACGCGACUCAUUGUGGACCGUUGGACGCAUCGUCCACUUAUAUCAGAACAGGAGGUUGUCUACGUGGUGGCAGCUUUAGGCGGCCCCAGAAUGAAAACUCUCGAAGAGAAACGUUACCCAAGGUUAAUCUGGACAUUAACAAAACUUAGCCUAAAUAUCCUAGAUUGCAACUGUCGUAGAACUUAUCAUAUUGACACAUGGAACUUAUCUACACAAGCGUAACUAACAGGAAUACUUACGGUUAAAG